AUGGAAAUAACAAGAAUUCUCACAUUACUUGGUAUUGUAAUAAUGGCUAUUAUUACAUUUUAUGCCACACCGGCAGAUGCAUGCAUGUGCUUACCCAGCCAUCCCCAGACACAUUACUGUGAAGCAGAUUAUGUUGCUCUCAUUCGGGUAAUGCGUAAAUCUUCAAAAUUGGUAGCUGGAAAAAUUGUCUACAAGGUGGAAGUGAAGAAGUCCUACAAAAUGACCCAAGAAGGCCAACGAACCUUAAAGCAUGGCCGCAUUAUGACUUCGGCCCACGACAGUAUGUGUGGUGUUAAUUUGCAGCUCGGACGUCUUUAUGUAAUUGCCGGCCGAGGUGAUCAAUUGAAUAUGUGUCAUUAUGCCAAGGAAUAUAAAAAGAUGAGCAUUAUUGAGAGAACUGGAUUCACCGGGGCCUAUAAGAAGGGAUGUGGAUGUCAGAUAACUCCCUGCUUUGGAAAUCGUUGCCUGGACUAUGAUCAGAAAUCCAAUGUGUGUCAAUGGUCACCAUUUGCUAAAUGUGAAACAGACUACAGUGCAUGUAUGCCAGCCCGAGCCCGUUCACCCUUCAGUGUUACAGAGCCAAUGCUUAAAUGUCGCUGGCGAAGAACCGUCCAGUAUGAUGAAUGUAAAAUGAAUCCAUAA